ACGCGUUCGCUUCGAGUUAAACCCCAUGAGCGGUGCAUUUGCAAUCCACCGAGAUUGACAAAACAAUAUAUACAUAUAUAAAACAAUAACAAAAGUUGUACUCCGAACCCAAAAACAAAAAUACCGCGCAGUGAAUUCAACUAUUUUUAGCGGAUUACUGUAAUGAAAUGUGUACAGCAGCCAGAAACUAACAACCUGUCGCAGUGGCUGGCAAAAAGCGUUAACAAUAAAUAAGCGAAACAAUACCACCAACAGCAGCAACACCAGUUCAACUGUAUAACAAUGAGGAGAGAAGGAAUCUCUGAGAAUUGCUAGACGGGUCCAUUAGCAGUCAAUCAGCGGAAGAGGAGCGCCGACACAAGGAGAUUUCCGAAGCAACAGACGGGACAGCAGCGGAAUGCAUGAGAGACAAGUGAAGAAGUUGAAGGGCAGCCAUUAUGUGGCCACGCACGGCCGCCUCACGCCGGAUCCGCCCUACGUGCACUCCAAUCGCGGCUACUCCACCGAUGGCGAUGAGACCCAUUCGCAUCGUGCCCCCUCCGAGCGCACCUACUCGGAGUACACGCUGACCCACGAGCGGAUCUCACCGCAGUCGCAUCACUACAAUCCGUCGCGCAAGAAGCGCUCCUCCUCAGCGGGCAAUGGCAAUGGCCACCACCAGCACCUCCAGAGCAGCUACAGCCACAGUCAGAUGGGGCUCUCCAGUUCGCCGGACAACGGGGGUCCCCGUUCGCUCAGCGGGCCACCGCCCACGCGCCAACCGCCCCGGGCCCCAUCCGCGCUUAGCUAUGACCAGGCCGGGGAUGCUGGCAGUGACAUCUAUGUGACCAGUGCCGCCUACAAGGCGCCCUCUGAAAUCAGUCGUUACAGCCAACGUCCGGUGUCGCGUGGAGCACCGCGGAGUGUCUAUUCGGUGGCCAGCACAGCCAAGACGGGGCGCAGUGCCCGGUCCACGACCAGGCGUGCCAAGAUUGAGACAAUGUCCGCUCCGAAUCCUUUGUCCGAAUGUCAAGGCGUCUGUUGUCUGAUGCUGCUGCUUAACCUGGGCCUGAUCCUGGUCACGCUGGGCUUCGUUAUUGUGGUGCAGUUCUACGAGCCGCUGUAUGUGUGGAUACUGGGCAUUGUGUUCCUCAUCUUCGGCUUCCUCACCCUGAUUGGCUGCAUGAUCUACUGCGUGUAUGUGUUCCGGGACGCCAGGACACCGUCCCAGGUGCGUAACGAGGAUCUCUACUGGACGCGACACUGGCAGAAGAACAUCGGAUACACGCCGCAGGAGAUCAACUACAAGGCGGAAUACGAUGCCUACUCCGCGUAUUCGGUCAGCAAGCUGAGUGGCAAGUACUCGGACCGCGAGAGCCAGCGCUACUGAUUUUUGUUAUUUAUGGGGAAUGCGGAGUGGAGUCUCUCUCUGGCAGAAUAUUUCCAUAG